GAACGCUGUAAGAUUACACCUCUUAUCGAAGAACACCCCCACAUCAUCAGCCACUUGGUACAUCCAAAAUGGCGUCUCGCGUAAUUCAGCAGGUGAUGCCCCAUAUGAGGAUGAUCAAGUUCAGGUAUGGAGCGAAUCAGCAGGUACAAGCCUCAGGAAAUGCACCGCAGGCUGCACCAGCUGCCGAGGCAACGUCGUCCAAACCACACGCAGUCGUCACAGAGUACCUGGAACAGGUCCCUGACAGAUAUAGGAGAAAACCCAUCGAUCCUGAGGAGAUGGAAUAUAUCCAGAGAGGAGGUCCUGAGUGACUGCCAGCCUUGCUGCUAUGCUGCUACAGAAAAUAUAUAACGUUUUAUGUUAUGAUGCAACAGGUUACAGUGCCACGGAUACAAAGUUACAAAUGUUACAAAUACAAACAAGUGCAGUGUAGCUAAAAGAUAUGUUUUUGCAUUUUGGCUAGAGUUGAACCGGCAUGUUAAUGCUAGAUGUAGAGAAGCUACCAAUCUUAU